UAAGCUAAAUAUAUAUUCCUUUGCAGGAAAAGCUUGAAGUCGAAAGAACUUGAGGUCUCAUCUGCUCUACUAACUAGCACUGAGUUUGCUCAUUUGGGAAAAAAUUGUAUUGUGUUUCUUCUUCUGUUCUCUCUUCCCUAUCUCUUUCAAGCUUGGAAUAGUUGGCACAAACCCAGAAAACUUUUUUUCUCCCUCAUAAGGGUGGAAUGCAGUGCAGGAGGAAAAGGUUCUAUUGAUGAUAUAAAACAAGAUCAAGAUGACUGAAAAUUCAAGCAAAGGCUAUGAUCAAAUGAAGCAAGAGGGUACUAAUGAGGUUAAAACUGAGAGAUUGAUCUCCUCCAAUAAGGCACUCUCUACCUCAAGACAAUGGACAGCAUUCAGGAACCCAAGAAUUGUGAGAGUGUCACGGGCCUUGGGAGGAAAAGACAGGCACAGCAAGGUUUGCACCGUUAGAGGACUCCGCGACCGUCGGAUCAGGCUUUCUGUGCCCACAGCAAUUGAGUUAUAUGAUCUUCAGGACAGGCUUGGGCUCAGCCAACCCAGCAAGGUUGUAGAUUGGUUGCUUGAAGCCUCCAAAACUGACAUUGAUAAGCUUCCACCACUUCAAAUCCCUAACUGCAGCUUUUCUCAAUUUCAUCAUCAAGAUCAAUAUUCAGGUAAUGAUAGGCUUUCUCUUGGAGUUGGAGGCUUGUUCUAUGAUGGUACUAGUGCUUCCAGUCAAAGCCUCAUGGCAAAGUCAAGGUAUAAUUGGGAUGUUGAUUUAGUGUCAAGGCUAAAGGGUAAGGAAGAUGAAAGUGAGAAAGGUAAGUGCUUGAUGAAAGAAACUCAAGACUCAGCUCAGAAGCUCUUUCCUAUUGGGAUUAAUUAUAACUCUUCUUCUUCUUUACCUGGUUUUCUAAACAAUGCCAUGACAUAUAAUAUUAACUCCUUCCAAUCAGAGCCUUCUUCAAGUCUAUCUUUAUCACAAUUUGGAAGCCAUGGAGUGUUGUUUCCUUACCUGCAGCCAGAUUCUAAUUCCAUGUUGCAAUAUCCAAGCAACAACAAUGGCAGUGUUGUGCCCUUCUCAUCCUCUUUGUCUGCUUCACAGUUACUUUUCUGUCCUUCUUCUUCUGCUACUACACCAACAUCACUUUUUGGCAAUCCGCAUGCUCCACUUAUGACAAACUCAUCAGCGGAAAGUAGUGAUCCAAGACAAUACAAUUCCAACCAUGUGCACACCUUGAGCUCAGGUUCCUCACUCAUGCCUCAUCCUUUCAUGCCAUCUCUUCACCCAUUCAGCAAUUCACCUUUGAGUCGACGCCUUCCAACGCCAUUUAGUUCCAAGCUUCUUGAUUCAGAUAAUAACUAACAAUCAUGACACCAGAUAUGUUUGUGAAGCUCCAUUGUUGUAAGCCUUAUCAUCAUAUUAUGUAAAGGAUGUGAACAACGCUUAAUAGGUAAAGGUGAAUUUCUUUGUAAGCAUGGCGCAAUGCUAUACAUAUAGAAUAUUUAUGUUGAACGAAUCCUUGUGGUUGCUGCUAUAGAGACCUUGUUGGCAAAGUGAGGUAGAAUAAAUCAAUCUGAAAUAGUUUUCAUGUGACAUUAAGUGUUCAAUCAAAAUUCUAUUAAUUUAGAGUUUUUUUC